AGUUUCAUUCCUGAAAGAAACUAGUUUGAUGACAAAAUGCAGGGCAUAGAGCAGUAAAGAUCUGGUAGCACAGAGUGACACGCAAUUGACCUUUGGUCAAGACCUUUUAUAAAUAAAGAGUGUGUGUGUGCAGAAAGAGAGAUAAAGGCACUUGUGAAGGAGAAGGGCCAGAUAAAAAGAGAGAAGCAAGGGGGGCAGGAAGACAGAGCUUGGAAGAGCUCUCACAGGGAAGGAAAAAGGGAGAAAAAGGGAGGGCGAGAGGCUGAAAAAGCUAUCUUUCCAGUACAUUUCUCCUUCCUCUAAUUACAUUGUCAUUGUUGUUACUCAUCAGGACAGCAGCAAUACAUUCUCUGCCCUGCCAUGGAUAUGAUCUUUGGCAAGAACAAGAAGGAACAGCCAGAGCCUUUGAGAGCCAAAAUUAAAGGUGAGCUGCCAACUUGGCUUCAUGGGACUCUCCUACGGAAUGGCCCUGGCAUGCACACCAUUGGGGAGACUACAUAUAAUCAUUGGUUUGAUGGUUUGGCCUUGUUACAUAGCUUUACCAUUAGAAACGGUGAAGUUCAUUACCGAAGUAAAUACCUCCGAAGUGACACCUACAAUUCCAAUAUUGAAGCCAACAGGAUUGUGGUGUCAGAGUUUGGAACUAUGGCUUAUCCAGAUCCCUGCAAAAAUAUAUUUUCCAAAGCUUUUUCCUACUUGUCCCACACUAUUCCGGACUUCACUGAUAACUGCCUAAUCAACAUCAUGAAAUGUGGGGAGGACUUCUAUGCUACUACAGAGACAAAUUACAUUAGGAAAAUCAAUCCAGAAACUUUGGAGACCCUGGAGAAGGUUGAUUACCGUAAUUAUGCAGCCAUAAAUGUGGCAACUUCUCAUCCUCACUAUGAUGCCCAAGGGAAUGUCCUCAACAUGGGCACAUCCAUAGUUGACAAGGGAAAAACUAAAUAUUUGGUAUUUAAAAUACCUCCCACAAUACCAGAGAAAAAAAAGAAGAAAAACAACUUAAAACACCUGGAAGUCAUCUGCUCCAUCCCAUCCCGCUCUCUUCUCAGCCCAAGUUACUAUCAUAGUUUUGGAGUUACUGAAAACUACAUCAUUUUUCUAGAGCAACCCUUUAAAUUGGAUAUUCUAAAGAUGGCCACUGCCUACAUUCGAGGCACAAACUGGGCUUCCUGCAUUACCUUCCAUGAAGAAGACAAGACUUACAUUCAUAUCAUUGACCGAAGGACAAAAAGGACCCUGCUGACCAAGUUUUAUGCUGAUCCCAUGGUUGUCUACCAUCAUGUAAAUGCCUAUGAAGAAGAUGGCCAUAUUGUGUUUGAUGUCAUUUCCUACAAGGACCAUAGUCUUUAUCAGCUCUUCUACUUGGCAAACUUGAAUCAACACUUUGAGCAGAACUCUAAACUUACUUCCAUACCAUCCCUCGAGAGAUUUGUCAUUCCUCUUCAGGUGAACAAGGAUGCAGAAAUGGGUGAGAAUUUAGUCAAACUUGAAUCAACAACAGCAACUGCUCUGAAGGAAAAAGAUGACCAAGUCUACUGCCAAUCAGAAGACCUAUGUGAAGGGAUUGAGCUGCCCCGAAUUAAUUAUGCUCACAAUGGGAAAAAAUACAGAUACAUUUAUGCAGCAGAAGUGCAGUGGAAUCCAAUUCCAACAAAGAUAACGAAAUUUGAUAUUCUGACAAAGUCAUCAUUAAAAUGGGGGGAGGAGCACUGUUGGCCUGCUGAACCUGUGUUUGUGCCUGCACCUAAUGCACAACAAGAAGAUGAUGGUAUUAUAUUGUCAGUGAUUGUCUCCACUGACCCCAAGAAACCACCUUUUCUACUCAUACUGGAUGCAAAACUAUUUACAGAAUUGGCUCGAGCAUCAAUUGAUGCAGAGAUACACCUGGAUCUACAUGGGCUAUUCAUUCCCUCUGUGGGUUCUCCUGAAGAGCCAGAGGACAAUGUGCUUAGGAACUAAUCUAAUGGACUGGCCUAGAGUGAUGCUACUUUGAUAUUUGGGAAUAGACAAACUGAGUGGGAUCUUAUAGGACCAUAAGCCUGGAAAUUUUUUUCUUUAUAUGGUACAGUUUUAUUUGAUUUUUGUUCUUGGGAUGGUACAUUCAAUGCCUUUCAAUUCAUUUCAUUUAAAUCAUAAUAACAAUUAGAGGCGGCAUGGUAUAGUGUACAGAGGGUCAGCCUUGGAGUCAAAAAGGCUUGUAAAGUCUACUUCUGACACAUAAUGGUUAAGGAACAAUGAGCAAGACACUUAAGUUUUAAUGCCAGGGGAAACUCUUUAAGACUAUAGUUCAUGGGUGAAUUGCUAACUGCACUGGUGCAGGGGGUUCCCAAAUCAAUAAGAUUAUAAGUCUAAUUAAAAAAUAGUAGUAAUGCUAAUAGCUGACAUUUAGACAGUACUCUAAAAUUUGUUAAGCACUUAUGUACAUUCUCUCAUUUCAUUACCAUUAUACUCCAAAUGUGUGCCUACUCUUCUUAAAGAUGUUGAUGUAUUUGUGGAACACUGGGCCCCAGGUUUCUGGAAGGAAAUCUUCCUUCUGGAAGGAAGGAAAUCUGGAAGGAUCUUCAUAACUACUCUGAGAAGUAGGUACUAUUAUUAUCCCUAUUUUACAGAUGAGGAAACUAAGAUUGCAGAGAGUAAGUUCAGUGACUUAUCCAUGGUCAUGCAGGUAGUAGGUAUCAGAGAUAGGAUUUGAACGCAGCUCUCUCCUGACACACAGUCCGAUUCAAUUCUCUUUCAAAUAUACCAUACUGCCUAUCUUUUGUCUUGAUUUGAUAUUAAUCAACAAAUAUUUAUUGAGCAAAUACUAUGUACCUAGCACUGAAGAAAAAAGAAGACUUUUUAUUCUGAGCAACCAUUACACAAAAAUUUUCACUAAAAUAAAUUAUAUACUCUAUUAAAGCAAUAUUGCAAUACUACUUAUUAUGGUAGGAGAGGGUUUACCCAUUAGGAACAUGCAAAUAUUUAUCAGAAAGAAAAUGUUUUAAUUUGUUAAAGAAGUACUUGGCUAAAUAGAGGUUCUCUCUUUCCUAAAUCCUGGCCUGGUAUUUUUAGUUAGGUUUAUUUUUAUAAAACUACAUAAUUAGGAAACUGAUGCAUGGUCACUUAAGAAUUGCAUUAGUAGAAUUUCCAGGUACCUUCAGUCCUCAGUUUCAGUAAAUGAGUCCCACAAACUCCAUACACUGAUAAUGGUUUUUUGGUAGAUAUGCUCCUAUUUGUUUAGUUAUGAUUGCAUUUUAAAAGCCCUGUCUCAAUUAUAUUUGUAUCUCGCUUGUAUUCACACCCAAACAAUUUGUUAAUUACUAAACCCCAGAACCUUCCACAUUCACCUUGAGGCCUGGAGAAAGUGAAGAGAGAUUCAUAGUCGUUGGCUGUGGAAUAGUGGGGUUGGACACUACUGAAAGUGUUUCUCUUCCUCCUCAGAUUUUUCAAAAGUGGUUUGCUUAGAUCUUCCCUUGUCCCUAUUACUCUUUUCCCAUGUAUCACACUUAUCUGCAUACGCGUGCUUCCCUCAUCUUUGAGGGCAGGAAUUGUAAUUUAUCUCUAUAUCCCCAGUCCUGAAGCAUUAGGCUUUGUACUUAGCAGGCAUUUAAUAAAUGUUGGUUGGAAUGAAUUGAAUUGACACAACAGAAUUAUUUGAUAUCUUCUGUUUAAAGUCAAUUUGUUUUCCUUUAGAUAAAGAAACAUAAGAUUUUGAAGUGGGACCUUAGAGAUAAACUAGUU